ACCCAACAAAAAACAGCGUGCGAAGCAGGGAAUUUUAACCUCUCUCUGAGGGCGUCCCUCCGUACGUCAACAUCUGUAGCUAGCAGUAGAGAAGCAGUACGUAAUAAUAUUUGUAGCGGCAUUCAUAGAUCGCUCUCUCAGACUCUCACAACCUAAAACCCAAAUUCACCUCCUAAUUCCCCCUCCUCUAAAUCAAACGCUAGAAUCCCUAACCCCUCUCUCUGUGUCUCCCACACGCGCGCUUUUCCUCGCUUGGGUUCGUUUUUCCGUUAGAAUUUGAUAUAUUUUUUGUGUGCAAAAGCAAGAGCGGCGAAAUGGAUAUAGAGGAAAAGCAAGCGGACCUGAUCGAGCACUUCGUGAAGCGAGCAUCGGCUCUCCAGGGCUCGGCCCUCGGGACCGUCGUCGCCGAGGCCACCUCUCACCCCUCCCUCUUCGCCUUCUCCGAGAUUCUCGCCGUUCCCUCCGUCCUCCAGCUUGAAGGAACUGAAAGCUCUGUGCACCUUGAUAUGCUUCGUUUGUUUGCACAUGGCACUUGGAGUGAUUACAAACGUAAUGCUGACCGUCUUCCGCAAUUGGUCCCUGAACAAGUUCUCAAGCUAAAGCAACUUACUGUGCUUACACUGGCUGAGACAAACAAGGUCCUACCCUACGAUCAACUAAUGCAGGAGUUAGACGUCAUGAAUGUACGUGAACUUGAAGAUUUCCUAAUCAAUGAGUGCAUGUAUGCGGGCAUAGUUAGAGGGAAGCUGGAUCAGUUGCGAAGAUGCUUUGAGGUUCAAUUUGCAGCAGGGAGGGAUCUAAGACCUGGUCAACUUGGGGGCAUGAUACAAACGCUGUCAAACUGGUUGGCUACAUCUGACAAUCUACUUAUCUCAAUUCAAGAGAAGAUUAAAUGGGCUGAUGGGAUGAGUGAGUUGGACAAGAAACACCGGAAGGAGGUUGAGGAUAGGGUGGAAGAAGUAAAGAAGUCCCUUUCACUCAAGUUACACACUGUAAGCAGGCCGACAUUGACUUCCGAGGGCAUGAGGAGAUCUACUCUGAACCUGGUGGAGUGAUGGACUACGAGGAGGACCGAAGUCGUCCAAAGAGGAGGCGGCAUCCAAUAGCUUGAACGAACACAUUGAUGGAGGGAGCUCAUGGGAUUGGUUUUUGGCGUCGCCUGAUAUUUUUUUGUCUGUUCAUGGAUUCAAGCAACGGAUGGUUCUGCUUUUGGGGACAAUGAUACUUCCUUGAUGGUGAACUUGUCAUUGUUGCUAUAAUCAUUAGCUUGUUUUCCUGAGUCAGCAAGAAAAAGACCAGAUUUGGUGGUGCGGCUUAAAUUUUUUUAUGUAGCUAGGUACUUGUGCCUAUUGAUGUUGCGCAUUAAUUUGUCUUGUGAAGAAAAUGGCUGGCCUGCAAGGCUACCAUUGAUAGUAUAUUGUUUCCAACACAUUUAAAUGCCUUGUUUCACAGUUUAUAGUCCUGAUUGCCCAGUAGUUUGCUGGAUCUGCUCUUAA